CACGAAGACGCAAGCAAGAGAGUAACGAACGAGAUCGCUGGGGCUGAAUCGAGCGAGCUCUGGUUUGCUGGCGCCCACCCAACGUCUGGUGACACAAGACCAAAUCGGCCCACAUUACACUACAUUCAUUCAUUUGCCUUUGCCUCUCAAUCAUUAUGCAAGCCAACGAAGUUGCAUUCGAGAUGGACCGGAUUCCAGCAGAAGGCGGGUCCAGGGAUCACGUUCCUCAAGAUCAACGCCCGCCGCCACAACAACAACAACAACGGCAGGGAUCGAGGCAAGCCUGGGUCGACGAGACUGGAGAUACAUCUUCGGGCACUGGCACGGUCAGUGCACAACAACAACAACAACAACAACAACAACAACAACAACAACAACAACAACAACAACAACAACAACAACAACAACAACAACAACAACAACAACAACAACAACAACAACAACAACAACAACAACAACAACAACAACAGCGGGAUCGUCACAUUGAUGCCGACCAUGCUGCUGCUGAUGAUGAAGGUGAUGAUGAUGAUGGUGAUAACGAUGAUGAUCAGCAAGAGGACGAUGACCAUCUCGACGUAGACUCUCUGCAGCAGUCGGGGAACUCGAAGAAAGAAAGGUGCCCGUCCCGAACAGGCACACUCUCCACGCGAUCGUCUGCCCCGAGCAACCUCACCAACUCCCAGACCACCCGUCGCCAGGGUUCCAACGCCCAGACACCCAGCAUCAACAACACACCCCUGCCCGGCGAAGACACCGGCGGCGACGACGACGCCGUCAACACGCGCAUGCUGUUUCACGACCAUGGCGCGUCGUGCAUGGUACGCCUGAUCUCUACGGGCCACCUGAUGGUGUCCGCAGGCCGAUACAGCAUCAAUCUCUGGAACACGGGCACUGGCACUUGCAUCCACACACUCCCCUGCGAGCGGCCUGUGGUACAGCUGUGCAUGUCCAGAGACGACAGAUUUGUUGUUGCUGGCCUCGCCAACGGCAAGGUGGUGGUGUGGAACAUCGAGUCGUCCGCCCCAUCCGCCGUGAGGCCUGCUGUCGAAGCGCACGAGCGCGCGGCCGAGUUCAUCGCAAUCGCCCCAGACUCAAGCAGCUUCGCCUCCAGCGAUGGCACGUCCACGGUCAAGCUCUGGGACCUCAAGACCCAGGCCCUGCUUGCCACCGUGAAGGUCAGCAACCUGAGCCAGCUCGCCAUGCCACUCGAGCGACCAUGGCUCGUCCUUACGGACACCCUCUUCAACGACAGGCCUGUCGUCAAAAUCUUUGAUCGCCGCAUCCCUUCCAACGGCACCCUGCCGUGCAUUGGGUGCCUUGACGAGCAAGGCGCAUUUGCGCUGCGCAUGUGCAAGAUCCAGGACACGCGAUGCUUCUUCACGUCGCAUGGCCCCAAGAUUACAGCCUGGGUGGCAAACUCGUUCACCAUUGAGAAUGUUCGCGCUGCUCGUCGCCACAGCCGUGUUGGUGCAGGCCAAGACGCGGUCCCAGCACCACAGCCGUUCCUGUCGUGGGAAGUGCAAGGCUGUUCCAUCAAGUGCCUUGCCGUGUCGCCGCACUCGCCCAUUGUCAUGGCUUCCAGCGACGAUCACACCCAGGUGUGGACAGCAGCCACCAAGGUGACCUCAAUCCCGCACACUUCUGCGCUCACGCUGGCAACCAACACAACCGUGAAGGUGAACAUGGUGCUCCUGGGUAUUCUGGAGCGCGUGGUCCAGCCCGUCCACUUCUGUGCCGACGACGAGCACGUGAUCAGCUUCUCCGACACCACCAUCUCCGUGUACAGUGUGCCGUCCCUUGUUUGCCGCAUCAAGCUGCGCCACCGCUUCAACAUGACGAGCGACAUCAGCGUGUCCCGCUCUGAUCUACCCGUCAUCGCCUCUGCCCAUGCGGACACGCUGUGCCUGUGGCCCGUACCGCCGCGCCCAGACGUGCCUUGCUUCACGGACGGCGCGCGCAGGAUGUGCCCCCUACCCAACAACCGCGUGGUUGCGUCGUCGUUUCUCAACUGCGAGCAGUUGCAAGUGUGGGACUUGCACUCCAACAGCUGCCUGGUCAUUAUGGACCAACACACUGCCGACGUAUCUGCCCUGUGCGCAACGGACUCUGUGAUCGCGUCUGCAUCUGAGGAUGGCAUGUUGUGCUUUUGGGACAUGGUUGAGCUUGAGCUUCUCCACUCAAAGCGCGCACAUGGUGACGCCAUCACCAGCGCAUGCGCCACGCGCGACGGCGAGCUCAUUGUCACCGGCUCGCGCGACAAGACCGCAAAGCUGUGGAGCACGACAUCGUACGAAUGUGCCGGCACACUUGCCAACGACGACGACGACGCGGCCAUCGUUGACGUGUGCGUGACAGCAGACGACACCCAUAUCCUGGUGGGCAGCUGCGCGGACCUGGUCACCAUGUACUCACGCAACACCUUGACCCCCGUGACGACAUUCGAGUGCAGCGACAUUUACAGCUUGUGUGCCACGCCGGAUGGCGCGUAUAUCCUGUGUGGCUGCGACAAGGUAAUCCGCGUGUGGAACGCGCAGACCCUAGCACGUGUGUGCACCAUUGACGGCCACGACGGCGCGGUGGUGGAUCUCGCCUGCUCGACGAGUGGCCCGUUUGUUGCGUCCACGAGCGUUGACGGCGCCCGCCUGUGGGACCUGAGCACCGGCGAAGAGGUCGCUGCAUUCGCCACAUUUAUGGGCACUUGCGACAGCAUAUGCUUCUCCAACGACCAGCGCAGUCUCCUGGUGGCAGAUCGGCAAAUCAAGAAGUACAGCCUGGACGCCAUUCUCAGCAACAGCAGUCGCGACAACAACCACAACAACAACAACAACAACAACAACAACAACAACAACAGCAAUACCAGCAGCACCGGGACCUUCGGCAAUGCAGACAACACGCCUGAGGCGCCUGCGUUUCCAUGGUACGCCCUCAUCCUCCCUGCAAACAGCGAUGAGACGGCUUUCCUGAAGCGCGCGAUCACGUCGUUUCCGCACACCAUCGACACCCGCGUGGACCUCGCCCUCAUGGACUUUGAUGUGCCGGCAGAGGACAUCAAAGGGUAUGCGGAACAGCACCCCACGUUCUUGGCGUGGCUGGUGAGCAAUCCACGACGCCUUCGUGCUGCACAGGCUGUCUUCUCAUGCAUCACGGUGCAGGAGCUUGACCUGUCCAUCCGGCCAUCCGUGCUUCGCGCUGCUAUUAGCGCCUCCAAGGACGCCGACAUGACGCAGCUUGUGACACGCAAGAUCUGUGCUGCUGCGCGUGCGUGGGACGCGUCCCUGGGCAACAACGGGCUCCGCGCCACCAACGCGAGCACCAGCACCGGCACCAGCACCAGCACCGGCACCAGCAUCAGCACCGGCACCGGCACCAGCACGGCGUGGAAGCUGAAUGCGCCCCAGCUCAGCGGCAGCUUCACACGCGAUUUGAUCAUGCUGGUGCAGACGUUUCCGGACAUUGCAGCCGUGUUCCUGCGCGACCUUGGCCUGCUCUGCUCCACUGCACACGUGCGUGGCAGCAGCGACCGGUUGGCAGUGCGCUUCCCACAUUCGGGCAUGUUCGUCGCAGGCAGCGGCCGCUUCCCCGCCGUCAAGUGGCGCACCAUCCUGCCCAACAGCGCGCGCACGCCCGCGGGUGUGGCUGGCCGAACGACGCCAGCCCAGGAGCGCGUUGUGCCCGUGCCGUUUGCAUGCUCGCCAAUCACACGCGGACCGAGCUUGCUGCAGGCACUGGUGGAGACGGGUGAUGCGGGGCUGUUUGACAAUCCGACCGCCCGGGCCAUUGUCGAGUUCAAGUGGGAGGCAUUUGGGCGGCGCAAGUUCCUCUGGGCAGCCUUGUGGCACGUGCUCUCUGUUGCGCUUAUGACCACGCUCACCUUCGUGUUCAACACCAGCGGGGAGAAGCUGCUUGAGCUGCUUGGCCCUGAUGAUGAGGUUGAUCCCUCACGCAACGCAGGCACUGACAUUGCGUCAGUGGUCAUCACCUUGUUGCUGGCGGUGCUGGCCAUCGUUGAGCUGCGCCAUGUGGUGAAGCGCUUGCACGCUGUGUGGGGCUACUGGCGCGAUUUGUGGAACUGGCUGCACAUACUGAACACGCUGCUCGUGUUUGUGGUGCUGUUCACCAGCUUCUUCGGGUGGGCACACGCGCGCGCUUUCCUCGCCAUUGCGGUGUACCUGCGGUGGUACGGGCUACUGUACUUCCUGCAGCCGUUCCAGUCGACCGGGCCCCUCAUCCGCACGAUCCUGGCCAUCUGCUAUGACAUUCGUUACUUCUUGCUCGUUCUCGGCAUCAGCAUCGUGGCCGCAUGGUCGUCGUUCCGGUUGCUGCUGCGUGAUGACAACACGCUUCCCCUUGAAGAGCUUGGUGACCCGGCCAACGGCCUGCUGCUCAUGUUCAACAUGCUGCUGCUGGCAGACUUUGACCUGGACACCUUUGAUGGCGAGUACGUGGUGCUGCUGCGCAUUCUGUUUGUCAUCUCCACGGUGCUGGUCCCCGUUGUGCUGCUGAGCCUGCUGAUUGCGCUCAUGUCGGACUCGUACGAGCGCAUCCAGGACCGCGCAGACAUUGAGUUCCAGCUGCUGCGCGCACGCAUCUUGCGGGAGCAGGAGGCGUUCUUCAGCGUACCUGAGAAGCGGGAUCCCAAGCUGCAUCCCAAGUGGCUGCACGUGCUCGUGCCCAAGGACACGGCUGGUGGCAGCGAAGGCACUGGCCGGUGGCAAGGGGUGCUGCACGCGUUGAAGAAGGAGGUGUCUUCGAAGACGGACAACCUGAACCAGCGCAUGGAUGGGCUGGAGAAGCACAUUGCCAAGUCCAUGGCGGACACGAAGCGGGAGACACAUGCGCGAUUGGCGGACAUGGAGCGGAAGCUUGACCAGCUGCUCUUCUCGCUCACACCGCGCAGCUUUCCAGAAGAGCCUGGCAGAAGGGAGAGCGCAGACAGAAGAGAGAGCACGGACAGUGCUUCCCGCGCAUAACACAAAGCAGUGUGUGUGUGUGCGUAUGGAGUCAAUCUUGCACUGCGAUGGGCAUUUCCCCACCACGACUUGCUUUGCUGUUGACUUGCUUUGCUGACCCCACGAUGCUGCCUGUGUUCAUUCAAUAUGUAGUUGUUUCCAGUUCAUGCGCUUUGCUUGGACAGCUGGCGCGCAUGUUUGCCUGCUUGCCUGCUUUGCCUGCUUGCCUGUUUGCCCGUGUCCAUACCCAACAAUGAAUCGAAAGAACGAGCACA